UUCAAAUUGCGAAACGCCUGUUGGUUCCGCCCUCUGUAUUGAGUAAGUGCCGUUCCGAAAGGGUAGUGUUGACCCAGCAGCAGCAGCAGCGUGUAUUCCGAGGUGCCGUGAAAAUGUGUUCCAAGUCGGAAUCACUGGAACAGAAGCUGCAGCUGAUCUACAGCACCAUCAAAUCUUACCCCGACUUCCCCAUCCAAGGCAUCAUUUUUCGAGACAUCUUUCCUCUUUUUCAAGACCCCAAAGCCUUCAGUGCAGUUAUUGACCUAUUUGAAGAUCAUUUAAGAAAGAAGUUCCCUAAGAUUGAUUUAUUUGUUGGGUUAGAUGCCCGUGGAUUCCUAUUUGGCCCAAUUCUGGCGCAGAGGUUUGGAAUUGGUUUUGUGCCAAUUCGUAAGAAGGGAAAGCUGCCAGGGCCAACCUUAUCUGUGAGCUAUACUUUGGAAUAUGGAAUGGCUGAAGUUGAGAUACAAUGUGAUGCUGUUCAAGCAAACCAGAAAGUUGUUGUCAUCGAUGAUCUAAUUGCAACAGGAGGUACACUGUCAGCUGCCUGUGAAUUGUUGAACAAAAUGGGAGCUAAUAUUCUUGAAUGUUUGGUACUGAUUGAACUGAAGGCACUGAAUGGUGUUAAGAAACUGAAUUGCGUGCCUUUCCACGCACUUGUGGAGUUCUAGGUUGUUGUUUCUUUUCUGAAUCUGGAUUACUCUGAAAUAUUUCAUUCAGUAAUGGCCAGACAGAUUUACAGUUUUAAGGGCUGACUCCAUUAAUUCCAUUUUUAAUAUUUUGCCAUUUUAUCAGUUGAAUAUAACCAAGAUUUUCCAGUUUUUACUUCAUUUGAUUUGUGCGGAAUUAUGCCUAGUUGCCCAAAUGCUUGUAUUUCCAUCUUAUAACUCAGUUAGCAUUUGUUUUUAAAAGGAAAUUAAGUUAGUGUUAAAAAAACUAGGCAAUUUAAAAUUUAAUGUUUUUAAUUUUAUCCAGCUAAAAACCAGAUUUUAAAUGCACAUGAACCAUAAACACUGAACAAUUGGACUGUAGAAAAGAGAAGCCACUUGUAAUUUGCCACUUCUAAAAAGUCAACUUGUGCUUUUACAGUUCACCUUUUUUUCCAUUCCACUGUCAAACAUUCAUUGGUGAUGGUUGCCCUCAAGUACCUGACCCACUGACAAUUCUGUGGCUCCUGUAGCACAGUGGUAGUGCCCCCACCUCUUGUCCAGAGGCUUGGGUUCAAGCCUCUGGACCAUAAUAACAUCCUUGAACAGGUUGGCUAAAAAAAUGCCUAUGACUAUGUAAGGAAAUUCAGAGCAAAGAAAACAAAUGCUUAACUGACAAUUAAUUCACAAGCUACAUCAUUAAGUUGGAGAUCUAGAGGUGAGAGUAAUUUUUUGAAUUCCCUCCUGUGGUGCAGUGGGCUUUUGUAGCCCCUCAUAUCUGUUUGAUAGCUGAGAAUUGUUUGAGAUCAAAGAUCUUCUUGUUCAAUAGGGGAACUACUCAGCAAGGGGGUUGGUUAGCUGGAUAGGUGAUUUGUAGUGCAGUGAUGCCAACAGCAUGGGUUCAAUUCUUACACUAGCUGAGGUUACCAUGAAGGACUCUCCUUCUCUACUCCCCAGAGGUUGUUACCCUUCAGUUAAAUCGCCAGCAGCCCUGUCAAGGUGACUUUAUCUUUUUACAAAUUAUUGAUUCAUUGGGGAAACCCACAAGGUGUCUAAAUGGCCUGGGCACCACAAUCGUAAGCACCAGUUCAGUAGCUUGAUCAAGCUGUCUAUCCUGAUCUGUCAGACACCAAAUUGUCAUGUGUGAGCUAAUUCCAGUAUUCCUGUUAGUGUACCUCUCACAUUGAAUUUGACUGCAAGUAUCAACUGGAGAGUUUAUUACAAUUGUCAUAGUUUGCAUGACUUCAAUUAUGUUAAUGUUAUUGAACAAAUAACAUUCCAGAAUAAAGAAUUUUUAAAAUUCA